UGUGAGUGAGCCAACAUCAGCAGAAAAGAAGUUAACUGAGAGAAGAGGACAAGAAGAGCGAGGGAAAAAAGAGAGAGGCUGUUGGGGCCCACGCCAAAAGUUCAUUAACAAAACCAAUCGGACUUUUUUUCUCAUCUGUAGUGGUGCCUCGCCAACCUUCAAAAUUUCGCCCAAAAGCAGACAGGAGGAUCGGCCGGUGCUGACGAGACUCGUCGGCAGGAAACGGCUGAUCGCGGCUGGGGUGCUUGGUGUGGUCAUGGUCCUGGUGCUGGUGAUACUGAUCCCGGUUUUGGUGAGCUCUGCCGGGACAUCCGCCGCGCACUACGAGAUGCUCGGCACCUGCAGGAUGGUUUGCGAUCCUUAUGGUACCAAAUCCCCGACCAGCACGGUCUCAGCAGAAACAGUCCGGGACAGCAACCUCAUGCAGUCUUUACCAACUUUUAUACAAGGUCCGAAAGGUGAACCGGGACGCCCGGGGAAAGCGGGGCCGAGGGGGCCUCCCGGUGAACCCGGACCACCCGGACACCCUGGACCUCCCGGAGAGAUGGGGCAACCGGGACGACCUGGAUUACCCGGGCAGCCGGGACCAAACAUGGCCACCGGUGCCAUCAGCGCGGCCACCUACAGCACCGUGCCCAAAAUCGCCUUUUACGCAGGGCUAAAAAAGCAGCACGAGGGCUACGAGCUGCUGAAGUUUGACGACGUGGUCACGAAUCUCGGGAAUCAUUACGACCCAACCACGGGAAAAUUCACCUGUUCCAUACCGGGAAUAUACUUCUUUACCUACCAUGUGCUCAUGCGAGGAGGAGACGGAACCAGCAUGUGGGCUGAUCUGUGUAAGAACAACCAGGUCCGUGCCAGUGCCAUCGCCCAGGACGCAGAUCAAAACUACGACUACGCCAGCAACAGCGCCGUUCUUCACCUGGAGCCCGGAGACGAAGUCUACAUCAAACUAGACGGAGGAAAAGCCCACGGGGGAAACAACAACAAGUACAGCACCUUCUCUGGGUUUAUAAUAUACGCCGAUUAGGACAUGCGCACCUACUCCAGAUGGUCUAUCCUGUCCCCCUCUGCUACUCCUCCUCCUCUUCUUCUUCUUUUUUUUUUGUUGAGCGUAUUUUUCCUUUGGGCCCGGGGCAAGCAGACAGACCUGCUCAAACACCCCUCAUCAUUAGUCUGUAGAUGUGGGUUUGAAGGCAGAACUCCAAAAAUCAAGAGCCAAAAAGUAAAAAAAGAAAGAUAAAAAGCCCGGAGAAAGAAGCACUUCAUCACAGAGGAAAGAUGUACGGAUGCUUCCGAGGAGAAGUGUGUGUCUUUCUAUGUCUGUGGCCAUCAAAGAAGCCUUUUAUAAUAUGUAACCUGACAUAAUCAGCUAUAUGUGCAAUAACGUGAACAUCUGUUAUUCCAGUUCCAUCUCGGUGAUACCUGACUAAAUGAGUUUGAAUCAAUCAUGUUCCAUUAGAUAUCCAGUGUAACCGGACCAAAACUGAUCCUCUUGUGUUCCUCUUGCAUAUCUGCUAAAAGACUGCAGAUAUUUGUUCGCUGACUGUUUGUGAGUGCUAAUUAUGACUUAGGGACAUACAACAAAACAAUAUACCUUGGUGGUAAUGGCUUGCAGUGAAAUAAUAUUCCAGUUAAGGCUUUCAGCGAUUUACUUUUAGUCUGCAGUGUCAGGGUGUCAAAAGCCCGUGUUUUUUUCCCCCUUCCUUUUUUGUUUUGGUGUGUAAUGUUAGCCGGCAUCUUUUAUUGCACACAGACGUAUUAGACCGAGAAAGAAAAUGUUUCUUGUGAUAUUUAGAGCACUAUGCAGAGUAUGGGUGUUAAUAUGUAAAUGUGUAUCUAUCUUCAGAGAAUUCCAGAAUGUGAUUAAUAAUAUUGCAACUUAUUUUCAGUGUAAAUAUGGAAAUGGAUCUCUUUUUUUCUUCUUUUUUGGUUUAAAUAUGAAAGAGCAUCAGGUGACCGUUAUGUAUAUGCGUCACUCUUAUCUCCAGGUUGGGAUGGCAGGGAAUGUGUGUGAUGAAUUAUUAUCCGAGGAUUAUUUUUCUUUUCCUGUCCUGCUGCUGUAAUUCUCAUUCACGUCUACAACCCUUCAAACGCAUUUUCCAUUAAAUGGAAAUUUGAUCAGA